AUGCGGGAGCGAUCCCUCGGGCGGAUGGCCCUCACUGCCAUUUCAUUCCUUCUACUAUUAUGCUUCCAUGCAAUCAACGCUGAAUGUGUCUCCGAAUAUUACGCCGACGAUGUUGACAAAGAAAGAGCCUCGCAGAUUCCGUUCUAUUUUACAGCUUUGGAAAUCCGAUCCGCGUUUGAUUGUGCUCAAUUCUGUGCUCAACGAAAGUUCUGUCGAUCCGCCGUUUACAACUCGUUUGGGAGGAGUUGCGGGAUUUCCUAUAGUCAACAAGUCAAUUGCAUAAACUCGACGAGCCGCUAUCUGGAUGAUUUUCACGCCAAAGGACACCUCGUAUUGCUAGCUUGCUUCAAGGAUUGCCACGAGUAUCGAUAUCGAGCGAGAACUCCUCAAAUCAUAACUUCCGAUAGCCAAGGGAUCUUGAAAAAGAAAGUCCAGCUGAUCACCGGAGAGCCACAUGAUGGAUUUGACACGGCCCCUGACCCACCCUCACAGACCCUGAAAUCCGCCCUUCAGAUUUUCAAUCAACAACACGAUCUGCCGAGUUUGCCAGUUUCCAUACCAGUAAAAGGGAAAGUUUGCUUCACGACAACCUCAGAGAGUUAUCUACUGGGGGCUGAUUUCCAGAAGAUCUACCCGGCAACAAUCAACGAAUGCAGAUGUCUUUGCGCUGCAACAUGGAAAAACGAAUCUUCGAUGCAUAAAUGUUUAUCUCUUCACUAUUCAGUGGAUGCUAAAAGCUGUUAUUUGAACAAAGGAACGCACCUCGGGAAAUAUGAUUUGAUCCACGAUAAAUCAAUGACCUACCAGCAAAUCACUUGCGAUGUUCAAGUCAUGCUCGCCGUGGCCGGCAAAGUCUGCCAAGCCGCCACUCAAGAGAAUUUGGCCGCUCUUUUCAAUUCAACUUGGGCAACAACCACCACCGUUCAACCAAUCAACUCGAAAAAGCAGCAGCGGAAAGUCGCGAGGGGUUCUGAAGAGAUUCAGACCAUAAAGCCGAUUACGACAACAACAAUAGCUUCAACUACUCCAUCCACCACUACUCAAUCAACUACAACGCUGACUAGGACUCUGCCAACUACAACAACCGCGAAAGCUAUUGAGUCAACUAUUGCAUCAACUACUGCAUCAACUACCUUAUCAACCACCACUUUAACAACACCAGAAACUUCAACAACUGUCAAACCAGCUGAUGUGGACAAUGAUUUGCUAGAGAAAAGGGAAGAACCCAAACUCGGUAGUCAAGUUGGCUGCUUUGAAGUGAUCCCCGGUCAUUUGAUGCUUUCAUCAGCUGGUGGCCUUGAACAAGGGAUCUCGUUGGAGGAGUGCAUGUGUAUUUGUGCCAAUAGCAAAACCUCUGGGAAAUACAUCUUCGAGUGCGUUUCGGCGACCUACUACGAAAAUGAGAAAGAUUGUGUGCUAAACAUUGAGGACAGAACAACGAGAAAAGAAGCCUUUCAAGUGUCUGAGAAUGUUACUUACUUGGGACUAACUUGUUCUAGAGGAGAAGCUCUCGCACAGCAUACCAAAGCUGAUCAAAAAGCUGGAUGCUUUCCCAUAGUUUCCUCAACGACUACGAGCACCACAGCGACAACAACUUUUCCAAGUCAAAAAGACAAGUGCUUCGAAGAGCUACCGGCUCACGUUUUGGAGGGAACGGCGUUGGCUGUCGAAGCUUCCGUUUCUCCACUUCAAUGCAAGUGCUAUUGUGCAAACGCUGAUAAAAGAUAUGGUGAAAACUGUCAGAGUGCCCAGUACUAUUUCGAGAGCAAGACUUGUUUAAUCAAUAAACAGAAUCGAUUUUCAAACCCAGAAGAUUUCAAUGCAAUCACUGGAGGGCAGAUUCAGAGCUAUUUGGAGUACAAAUGCGCUGCAAAAGAACAAAUCAAGCAGAAAUAUCUGGCUGAGGAUUGUCGAGAGAUUUUACCGUCAUCCGAUUUGGCUUCUGAUCCUGAAUCUUCGACGGAGAACGACUUAAAGAAAACGGGCACAACAAAAAAGACACCAACAACUGUAGCUAAAGAUGAAGGAGAUGAAGAAGAUGAAGAGGAAGCUACAACCUCAAAACCGAAACCAAAAAACAAAAAACGGAAAGAAAAGAAAGUGAAGCGAAAAGCGCACGAUGAUCACGAAGUCAAAACAACAAAAAAGGACAUCAAAACCACUGGGAAAACAACUCUUAAACCGAAAAGAACAACAAUUUCACAAAAGACAACCAGCUCAACUCCAACUCCAACUCCAACUACAACUACUGCCAAGAAAUUGAGGAGAAAAGCAAUCAACUUCAACAUUCCGGAAGCCGAGGGUUUGGAUCCAAAAGACUUUGAGAACGAUUUGUUAGAUAGCGAAGACGAGGAGAAAUUGCUGAAAAAGUUGGCGAGAAAAGAGAUCGAGGAAGAAGAAGAAAAGAAUAAGAAAAAGAAAGAUAAAGAAGUGGAGAAAGUGAAGAAAGAGGUGGCGGGGGAGGAUGUGACGGUGAAGAAUGGGGAAGAGAAAGUCAAACUACAAAAACCAACAACAAAAUCAAAAAGCGAUUCAACAACGGUGAAACCGACCUCGUUUGGAACGAAAGAGUCCAAGACAACAAAAGCUAUCAAGCAAAAAGAAGAUCAGCACAAGAAACACGACAAAAAAAGUGAAUUAACCAAGCCAACAAAGUCUACUACAACCACCACGACGGCCGAGCCAACGACACCUUUCAAUGGCCGGUGUACUUACUCCGCAAUGUACAGCACUGCUUUUCAUGGAAUCAAGCUGAUCAAGGAAAUCUCUGUGAGAAGCCCUGCUGAGUGCUUUGCGGAGUGCUUCAGGACAAGGUGUCGUUCAGCAAAUUUGAUCAAUGGAGAGGAUACGAAGAGUUGCGAAUUGUUUAGGGACUCUCUCAUCGACUAUCGAAGGCCAGACGUCCUCGCCUACGACACAUCAGCUGUCUACUUUGAUGGAAUUCAAUGUUCUGAGAAU